GGCCAAGCGAAGCGAUCAUAGGGAGAUGUGCGAUAUUUGUACUCUGUUGAAAUAAUACGUCAUCCCGUAAUCUAAAGUGAUAAUUCUUAAUUCAUUUGUAAUUUCCAUUACAAUUCAUAUAUAAAACUACAUAAUGCCGGCGGCACGGGGCGUAAAACGCACAGCGUCCAAGUCAUCGGCCGCCACAUCAUCCUCGGGGCCCAAAAAUAAGAAAAAACGUGGAGCGAUCCAAUUGGAGAUACCAAGUGCGCCCAAAAAGAGGGGUCGUGUGUUUACAUGCGGCCAAGGUGACGUCGGGCAACUCGGAUUAGGUGAAGAUGUUAUGGAAACAUCAAAAUUCAAACAUGUGACUGCAUUAGGGGACAAAAUAGUGGAGGUCCGCGCGGGGGGUAUGCACACGGUCGCACUUGACAGCGAUGGGAAGGUGUGGUCGUUCGGGUGCAACGACGAGGGCGCGCUGGGCCGCGCGGCGGCGGGCGAGCGCGAGGAGGGCGCGGCGCGGGCGCUGCGGCUGCCGGCCGCCGCCGCGCGCCUCGCCGCCGGAGACUCGCACUCCGCCGCGCUGCUUGCCGACGGCUCCGUCUACAUCUGGGGCUCCUUCCGGGACUCGCACGGCAGCAUGGGGCUGGUGGUGCGCGGGCGCGAGGCCAAGCCGAGCCGCGAGCCGGUGCGGCUGCCGCUGCCCGAGCCCGCCGCCGACAUCGCCUCCGGCGGCGACCACCUCGUCGUGCUCACCGUGUCAGGUGCUGUAUACACAAUGGGUUGCGGUGAGCAAGGCCAGCUGGGCAGACUCUCACAGCGGUCCGCGUCCAGGGACGCCAGGCAGGGAUUUAGCGCGUUGCUGGUGCCGUCAAAGGUGACCCUGAAAGGCGGUGCGAAGCGAGUAUGGGCCGGCUACCACGCCACCUUCGCGCUCGACGCCACCAACGACAAGAUCUUCGCCUGGGGGCUCAACAACUACGGACAGCUCGGUAUAACGGGCGAGAAGCGCAAGACGGCGAUCUUCUCUCCGGUGGAGUGCGACGCGUUCCCGGCGGGCGGCGGCCCCUGGCGGGCGGUGGCGGCCGGCCAGCACCACUCGCUCGCCAUCGACGGCAGUGGCCGCCUGCACGCCGUCGGACGCUGCGAGUACGGCAGAUUAGGACUGGGUGACAGAGUGGGCGACGCGGAGGUGCUAGAACCAGUGCCCAAGCUGGAGAACAAGAAGUGCGUCAGUAUAGCGGCCGGCACGAGUAACUCCUUCGCUGUCACGGAUACAGGGGAGGUGUAUGCAUGGGGCAUGGGCAGCGAGGGUCAGCUGGGCACCGGCGCCUGCAGCGACGCGGCCGAGCCGACGCUGGUGCUACCGCACGGGCUGCUAGUCUCCGCCGGUGGACAGCACACCGUGUUGUUGCAGGAAGACCCUUCAGGUCCAAAAGAAGACACUCCAGAACCAGAAAAAGAGACGGCAGAACAAAAAGAAGAAGAGGAAGAAGUAGAGCAGGAGACAGAAACGGAACCCGAAAAACCCAAAGCGCGACCGGCCAAACGGCAGAAAAAGCAAGAACAAGAAGAUGAGGUCAGCUCCACAUCGAGUGCACAGCCUGCAGAAGUUGCGGAAGAAAGUAAACCACAGAAGCUAAAUGGUGACGAGAAGAAAGAGACCCCAAUGGAUGUAGACGAAACUGACAACACCCAAGAAAAGCAGCCAGAGAAGACAGAAACAACAGAGCCGGUAGCAGAAGUAAACAAACAGCCAGAAGCAGAACCAGAGCCGGAAACAAAGGAGGACAAGACCGAAACAGACUCCAGCCAGGAGACAGACAGCGAGACCAAGUCCCAAGACUCGCAAGAGGACAAACUGGAGAAACUGAACGACGUGGAGAUGGAGGAGAAGGAGGUGAACGGCGCGCCCGAGGUGUUGGAAGCGAAGACGGUGGAGUCAAUAGCCGCCGCCACCCCCCUAACGACCACGGCGUGAUGGUAAAUUUGUUCUAACUUAGUAGGGUUGUUACGCAAAUCUUCUAUCGGGUGUUCAUUUAACUGAUGCCUAAUAAGACAUUUUCGGUGUAAUAUUACGUAAUAUCGGAAAUUUUCUAAAAUAAAUUAUUAUUAGAAUUAGUUCACAACAGGUGUACAUGACUAUUAUUUUGGUCACUAAUAAGAUAUGUUUAAAAUUACACAAUCGAGAAGCUUCCGUCAUCGUCUCUUUCAUUUUUCCACUGUCCGCCAUUUUGUUUUUGUCGUACAUUCAAAAUGGCGUCCACGAAUAUUUUACGCGCGAAGAACUGAAGAUGUAAGCGACUAAAAUAUUAGAACAGUGAAUAGUUUUUAUAUUUAAGAAAAUAUAGUUGCUUGUAAAUCUUCGGAAGGUGUUGACGUGAAUGAAAAUAUGCGUGGACGUUAAAUUAAAAAAAAAAUUACAAACCAAGUUCACUCAAAAAGAAAUUAUAUCCAAUCCUCUGUAUAAUUAUUUCUUUGCUAAUAAAAAUAAAACAAUACUGCAGAAUCAAUAUAAAUCAGUCAUAUGUAAUAUUCAUCAAUAUUGACACACUCAGCCAUUGUCUCUUGUAUGCUCGGUUAUGUUAAAAGUUUACCAUAGGGUAUCUUAACAAUUAACAAUUUAAUAUGAUUUCAUAAUUUCGGAUCAUCCACUAACUUGAUAAAAAAAAACAGUUUCAUUAAAAAAAAAAAAACAUUAAAACGGUUCACAAUUAGGAAAGAUGUCAAUCACGUAAAAUAAAAAAAAAAACAAUCUUAAUACGUGACUUCUUUUUGAAGUCUUUUGAAAAUAGUUCCUCCAGGUGUUCUAUUUAUAGGCUGUUUCCUAGUUACAUGGUUUCUGGCCGUCUUAAAAAUCGUUUACAAGCCGAGUAAUUCCUAUUGGCAUCAAAGAAUCGAUCUUCAACGAAUGCACAUGCUUGCCAACAACGCAUGUUUGCUAUAGCAUGGUUAUGCUAAAAAUAAAGUUGAAGGCAUAAUUUCUAACAGUUUAACAUUGUUAGCUUUUUGCAUUUGUAUGCUGCGAAUAUGCGAGAUUUGUGGCCUGUUUUAUUGCUCAAUAAAUUCAUAUGUUUUAAAAGAGGUAGCAUUGAAAAUUUGGUUCUCAAACUCUUAAUUAAAUUAGUCUCUAUUUUUUUAGAGAAUUCAUUGAGAAUUGUCUAUGGUCAGGACUUUAUAAGCAGUAUAAAAAGUCCUUAAGUCAUAGAAAAGUUUUCACCUCACUCUGCGCGAGUCUCACUUCUACCACUUGUACAACGAACUGUGCUCACAGGAAUUGUUCAAUAUGAUGCCCACGGCCACUUUCUACUAUCGUACAGCUCGCCAUCGACAGGGAGUUCAUCCCCAUAUGUUAGAGCCUGAAUUGGUCGUGUACAACUCGGUUUCAGAGAUGUUUCCUCUCACGAACGCUAAGGUUGUGGAAUGAGCUCCCUGUCGAGGCUUUUCCAAGAGAUUACAGCAUAGGGUUCUUCAAAAGGAAGGUAAAAGGUUUCUUCAGGGCCGGCAACGCACGUGUAAUAGCCUUACGACAUGUCUGCUACGGUAACCGCUUACCAUUAGAUAGGCCGUAUGCUUGUUUGUUACCUCAGUGGUGUAAAAAAAAUUUAGAACUAACAAUAACGCCCCGGCUUCGCACAGGUAGGUAGGUAGGUAGAGUGAUAUCACAGAUAAUUCGUAUUUAUGUUACUGUAUUUCACUUGAAUUAUUCACUUGUCAUUGUAUAUUUUUAUUUAUAGUGCAAUAAAGAGUUAAAUAAAUAAAUAAAUAAUGUAGCUUUUGUAAAUUAAAGAAUUGUAAAAUUUUAAUAAGUUAAGUCUUUUUUUGAGUUUAUCCGUUAGAAACAGAAAAAUCGAAUCUAUCCUCCUUAAAUUUAGCCUCUUAUUUAUAAAAAUUAAAAUCUUAGAGAAUAUUAGUGCAGAGAAUACUAAUGCCAUAUUUACUGAAAUAUGUUGAACAGUUGACAAGCUACACAAGCAAAUAUUGCAACCGCGCGAAGCCGGGGCGGGUUGCUAGUUGAUCGAUAUAUAAAAUACCCUAUGGCCUUCUCCACCCCAAAUAUUGUAUAUAUAUAUAUAUAUAUAUAUAUAUAUAUAUAUAUAUAUAUAUAUAUAUAUAUAUAUAUAUACCAGAUUUCGUGACGAUUGGUCGAACCGUUAAGGCGCCAAGACAACACAAACAGGAUCACUUUUACAUUUAUAGCACUAGCUUUUACACGCGGCUUUGGAACCUGUGUUUCAUCACCAUCUCAUAUAAAUACGUGUAUACCAAAUUUCAUAAUUAAUUUAUUAUAUUUUACCAACUAAGGGAACUUGACGGAUUCCCAAUUCCGCUCCCUUAGCGAUCACAAUAUAUGAAAUAUCUAAAUUGCCAUACCAAUAUUGCCAUUCUGCGAAACUCGACAAGUUUACAAGUCAAUAAUGAUAGAUUUAAGCGCUUGAAACGCUAAGUGGUGGUAACAAAGAAACUUACAUUUAUAAUAUUUGGAAAGAUCAAAAGCUAUCUCGUUAGAUAAGCUAUCAAUUUAUUAGCAAUUUAAACAGGCCCCAAUUGUAUCGUUCACUCUUGACAAUAUCAUUCGCAACAUUUCGUCUCGCCUUUGUUGGUGUUUCUUGUGCGUGAUCAGCCCUAGAAUAUUUUUGUAUUUCAAUUGUAUGAUACCAUACAAUUUGUAUUAAGCGUUCGAAGUUCAAUUUUCUAAUAGAAUCCUCUUGUAAAUGUCCAUUAAAAAGAUUAAUUAAUUAAUUUAAUUAAUAAUAUUCGAACAUUUUAUAUUAGCUGACUGCGGUAAAAGAUGUGUUAUUUUAGAGGCUCCUUACAAUUAAUAUCUUAAUAAGAUAUUAAAAAAAAAUUGUUUUAUCAUUUAAAAAGGUUCAAUUCUCGUAUGCAAACCAUGAAAGGACUUCUUAAUUUAUUUGCGCUCACAUAAAUCUGUUUGCUCUACGAAAACUGAUUACUUCUAUAAUAGCAGUCUAUGUGUUCUCCAACUCUAUGGUCUAUCUAUGUUGCAAUUUUCAUCAAAAUCCGUCCAGCUGUCAUCUAAUGAACAUCUCUAAAAGCUUUCACAUUUAUAAUACUAGUAAAAUUAAUGUCUCGUUAACAUUCAUUCUCUAUGUCUCAUAUAAAUAUAUAUAUAUAUAUAUAUAUAUAUAUAUAUAUAAUGACAUUUACCGCAGUCAGAGUGUAGUGAAUUUUACUUCGAAUUGUAUAACAGUAACUUACAGCUCGUAAUCUUGACUGUUUAUCUAAGUUAUAAUUAGACCGCUUAACCGUAAAAUUAGUUACACCUGUGUUACAUGUCAAAACAUAAAUAAUUUAAUAAAAUUCUGAAUGAUAUAAUUGAUGAUAAUGAUAAUUUUAAAUAGUGCUCUGCUACCAAAAAUAAUAAAUCUCAAACAUACAUGCUUCAAAUAAUUGAAAAAUACUUGGAACUUGAAGCUAAAUAUAUAAAUACAAAGUUUAGCUAUGGAUUUAUGUAUAGAUUUUGAUUCAAAAUAGUAAUAAACAAACAUUAAAAUUGUUUCAUUUUAAAAUAUUAAAGGAAAUUGUCUAUGAAUCUUACAGUUAAAAAUCGUGUUUGAAUUCGCUUAACAGAAUGAGUGUUACCAGUAAUAGUAAAUUAAUUUUAUAAAAUAUGAAACAACAUUGGUACUUAACCGAAUCAUAAGUUAUUAAUUUCUAUGAGUAUAUAUUUUAAUAAUAUAAAAAUUGCAAUAUUUCCGUCGGUUACUUUAUAUUUAUAAUACUAAAUGUCAUGGUUGAUUGCUAAUAAACAUUGCUUUAGAAACUUAAUUGUUGCUAAAUUUUAAUUAAUUAUUAAAUAUUGGCAUUAUUUACGAAAUUUAAUUAAUUACGAAAUGAAAAAAAUAUACAGUAACAAAAAUGCAAUUCACCUGUUUAAUAUAAAUAUAAUGACAAAAUAACAUCAUGUAUGUUUCUAUAUUAAAAAAAAAGUAUCGCUGAAAUAGGGUAAUGUCCGAAUUAUCUGUCAACUGUCAAAAACAAUUGUCAAAGUUUCUGAACAUAGAUUAAGGACAGGAUCUUUAUGUUCUCUUUCUACGUUUCUGUAUCAUGAUUUUUUUAAUUACUCUGAUAGCCAACUAGAAUGCUAAUCAUGCAUGCAACUUGUCACUGAGCUGUUUUUAAAAUUUGGAUUUAAAUAGCAAAAAGUAUUUGAAAUUUUUAGAAACACUAUUAAAUGUUUGCAAAAUUCCUAAUAUUUUUUUUUCUUUAUUGAUGAAAAUAGAAUGGUAAUUCCACCUGCGGUAUUAGUAUACGCUGGUGAAGCACAAGUGAAGUGUGGAUGAAGCAGGUCAGUUGGCACAUCGUGGUGGAUUUAUCAAAAAUUAAUCUUAAGGGUUUCCAGAGGUCACCGCGUCGCAGUCGACCUGAGUUGCUAUAUUGCUAGCAAUGUGCCUAUUAAAUUUCAUAACUAACUCCCUAAAUCCCUUUCCGCCAAAUUUCUAAUAUUACAUUUGUUGCACACAAUUGUUCUACAAUUGUUUUAAUUCUCUAUCAGCGUCAUCAUCAUCAUUGCCUUUUUACAUUUAUAUCUAUCAGCGUCUAUUUAUCUAUAGUUUAUUUCUAUCAGAGUAUUUUUAAAAAGAAUCACAAAUAUUGAAAACUGUUUUUGGUAAUUGACAAUAAAAUUAGACGUUGACAUGCUAGGAUUUGUAUGGUCUUAGCCAAUUAUUUUAUUAAAAAAAAAAAAAAGAAAUUAAAACAUUCAUAAUUAACUGAAUGUUAUGUCCAAUGUAUACAAAUCAUUUAUCAAAUGUAAUUUAUUCAUUUAGAAUAACUUUGUUUGUUUACAUGCAAGGGGCGUACACAACGACGCGAGUUCAGCUGCAAAGUACAAAAUAAAACGUUUGUCAAAUCGUGGCAUAAAUAUAUUAAAUUAACGGAAUAGAAGUCCAAUUUUGUAGUCAGUCAAUAAUAAUCACUAUAUACAUAUGUAAUGGGGUAAUUAAUGGACUCACUAUGUUUUUGUCGUUUCCAAAACUUGUUUCACGGUGAGCAUCAUGGGCGAAACAGUAUACUCUGUUAUGUCCACGGUACUGCUCAUGUUUAUAGGCGACGGUUACCACUUUCCAUCAGGUGGGCCGUCAGCUUGUUUGCCAUUCUAAGUUGUAUAAAUAAAAAACCCCUGAAGAAGACCUCCAAAUGAAGUCGAAAUAGUUGUCGGAAAUGACUAAAACAUAGUGAGUUAAUUUUCUGUUUACAUAGGUAUAUAGGACAUCGAAUAAAAAAAAAUAACAUAAGUUUUAAAAAUAAUAAUUAUCUAUUUCCACUAAAACAUAUUGUGUUUGCAUCGUAUAUAUUGAUGGGCAGUAUUUACUCGAGAAAACAUGAUUUGUUCAUUUAUUAAAACAUAUAUAAAACUAAGUGUGAACGCUCUACAAGUAUUAUGAUUAAAUAUUAUAUAUUUACUCUAUGCAUAAUGUUUGGUAAAAAUUCAGUGUGAAAUAUGUAUUUCAUAUAAUUAUUUUUGUAAGACAAAUACACCGCUAUUUACUCUCUAUUUAUCGUAACAGUUGACUGGUAGAGAAUGCCAUCAGGCAUUAAGUCCGCCCUGUACACAUAUUUUAAUGUAUGCAAAAGUAUAAAUAAAUUAAAGUUCCCCCUUAGCCGCCAAUAAUUAAAUAAAUAGAUAUAUACUCUUUAUUGUUUCCUCCAUAAGAUUACAAUAGUAAACUUAUUAUAAAUACAAACAAUUACAUUGAGAAAACAAUGGGCGGCCUUAUCGCUAAGAGCGACCUCUUCCAGAGGCAACCUUUGGAUGGAGAGGAGUAGUUAUAUAAACAGUUUGAUCGGAGGCACGAUGAAAAUUCUAUUUUUAAACGCAUAUGGAGAUGUGAUGGUAAAGCUUUUUUUUUUGUAUAAAAUAAGUAAAACGGCUCUCUAAAUAAAGCGGUAAUCGAAUCCAUCGACAGAAUUGUCAUCGCUAAAGUCUUAUAAGAUAGAAAGACAGCGACAUCUGAUAUUUCAUUCCCACUCAUGGAUCCGCUUGCCGCUUGUCUAUGGGGGCCAGAGAGAUGUAUGGUAUGUUGGAAUUAUAUUCGCAUUAAUCCUAUUGUAUUUUUCGUUUCUUUAACUAUUCAAUACAACUAACUGGUGCCUUGCUAAUGCCAGUUAUUAAAAAAAAAGACCAUCUUGUCCUUUGAACACAACAGCUAAAACAUAAAUUUAGACUAAAAAAACAAAAUUGUUAGCAAAAUCAAAUAAGAAAUGAAAGAAUAAGAAACAAUAAUUGAAAGUGUAAGUAGAGGAUUGGACGUGCAUUCAUUGGUCUAAAUCUAAGUUAAUGGACUUUUUACACAUGACAACGUAAUAUGGAAAUAUCAUAAUUGUGAUUUUAAGUUGUAAAAGCAUACGUUAAAGUUAGAAAUUGCCACGAAAUUAUAUAUAUCACUACGACCGACCCGGCAAACGUUGUUCUGCCAUAUAAAUUAUUUGUAGUGAAUAUUUUAGUAUGAAAUACCACUUAUGAACUAUUCUCAUACCUGUCAAAUAUCAUAAAAAUGGGUCGAGUUCCGUUCAGAGGAGUGCGACCACAAACACUGUGACACGAGAUUGUUUAUAUAUAGAUUUAUAAAUAUAGUAUUGCCAGUAUAUGAUAUAUUCCAUGUGUAUUUGUAGAAUUGUAAAUGAUAUAAAAGAAUUAUAUUUGAUAAUGUAGCUUCUAUAGUGUGUACGCCUCAUUAGAACCCGUCUAUAAACAUCAAGAUUACGCGCGUAACUUUACUUAUGUGUAAUAUAGUAACAUUCAACAUUUCAGUUACAUUAAUGUAACAAAAUAUUUUAAUUAGAACGAGGUUGCUAGAUAAUAUAAAAUAUAGGUAGGUGAAGUGUCAAAUGCUGUCUGUCUUGAGACAGGUACAAAAAAAAUAAUAAUUCGGAAUUAGGUAAGAUUAGUGGUAAUAAAACAAUGAUGUUUUAAUAUUAAAUCAGGUUAUAUGGCGUCUAAAACUUGACAAAUGGACUGACAAGGCUCUCGUCCUAAUCAGUUGAUUUCUAUAAAGUAUUUGGCGCGAAACGGUGACGUUUCGAACGGCAUGUUUGUAAUUAUAAUCUAUGGGAAUUAAAAUAUCAUUGUGACAAAAUUUUGUUGACUUUUUUAUUUUAUUUUAUAAAGUUUCGUAUGUAAGUACAAAUGUACGUCACUUUCACACUUAUAUUUCUUGAUUGUUAAAAUACAGAUGAACUAUAAUGUAUUGUGUUUUCCUAAUAAAAUAGUAGUGUAAA